AUGAUUUUUCUACGACAGAUUGCCGUACUGAUCUGCGCCUUAAGUGCAUUGCUCGGCCUUACGUCAGCGGGACCAGACAGCGCCGGCAUGCCUCCAUUACCCGGACCAGGCCUCUCUUACGGUGGUAUACCAUACGGUAGCAUGAGCGGGAAUGUCGCGGAGUAUUUUAGACGACAAGCUCCAUCUCUGAGAAGUUACUCGCACAACGCUGCAGCGAAUAAUGUGGAUUUCGCACCAAUUGAACAGUGGCUUUAA